AGGACGACGCGGAGCGUUUGUGGCCGAGGAGCGGGCCAUUCAUUUGCCGCUCUAUGGUGCGCCUUGCGCAAAGCGGCGCAGGGUCUAUCGGCUUCGUGAUGUCUCGGUUUAACAUUAUCAUGAAACCGUCGACAUAGACUGCUGCACGGGCAAGGUUUCGAAGUAAGUAGUGAUAGUUCAGCGAAACGCGAAAAUAUAUUUGCGUGAAGAUGGCACGGAAUUCACUGUGAUACACCAGGGAAUGUCGCAUUUGCCAACGAUCGCGUGGUAUUCUCGGAAUUCUGGAGUUACGCUGUCUGCUUUCGAUGUGAACACUAUAGUCGGAAGUGUGCGCCCAGUGAGUGAAUGAACGUGACUUUACUCGCUGGAGAAGAACUGAAGCCUCCGUGGAUACGUGGCUAUUAUUCUUAGCAACCAAACUGUUUCUUUUCCGCCCUCCUGACGACGUCAGAACACUUCGAAGGCGGCCGCUGCUUGACGCUGGCACAACAGCUACUUCGAAGUGUGAAGUACUUUUUUGUACUUAACCGACGAGUGCAAACUACGCCCCUUUGAAUUAAAGGGAGAGUUCUCAGAAGCAAAGGACAUAGAUGGCAACGAUGGGCCGUCUAAGCUAUUAGGAGCACUGAAAAAAGAAUUUUCAGAUUCGAGCUAUCAGCUACAUUCUGCUGGUUCUCGCUAUAGAUCCGGAAAUCUGAACGAUUAAAAGUUGCUCCAUGUGCAGCAAAAUGACGCGGAGUUUGGGUGGGGAAACCGUUCUCGCAGACGUAACUGUCGCUGUUUUUCAUGCCGACUGCUUUGGACGAGCCAACUAGUGCCAAUUACGAUGGUUUUGAUUGACACGCUUCCGAACCACGAGCUUCUCUCGCCGCCGCUUUAUACGGUGCUCAAUGACACGUCGUCGACGGUGGUGCUGGACGCUAGUGGCGCAACGUCGGCGCUUCCGGAAGAGUUGACGUUCACGCGCAAGUCGCUGGUUCAGGUGAUCGUGUACGUGCUGCUGUUCGUGGCCGCAGCAGCCGGAAACGUGCCUGUCUUCUUGAGUCUGCUUGGCAAACGGGCGCGCAAGUCUCGCAUCAAGUUGAUGAUGUUGCACCUGGCUGUGGCGGACCUGAUCGUCACCUUCGUUAUGAUUCCUCUCGAGGUAGCCUGGCGCCUCACGGUGCGCUGGGUGGCGGGCAACGCCAUGUGCAAGAUCAUGCAGGUUCUUCGUGCGUUCGGCCCGUACCUGUCGUCCAUGGUGCUGGUGUGCAUCAGCGCGGACCGGUACUUCGCCGUGCUGCACCCGCUGAGGGUGCACGACGCCCGCAGGCGAGGAAAGUUCAUGCUGGCCGCGGCGUGGUACAUCAGCCUGGCCUGCAGCCUGCCGCAGGCGCUCAUCUUCCGCGUCAUGGAGCACCCGGAAGUUCAGGGCUUCUGGCAGUGCGUCACCUUCUCGUCGUUCCCAUCGCCCGUUCAUGAGACCUUGUACAACCUCUUCUGCCUGCUUGUACUCUACGGCAUCCCUUUUGGCGCAAUCAUUGUGUCGUAUGGCCGAAUCCUUUGGGAAAUACAUCGCCAAGCGAAAGACUCGCACGCCCAGGAACCGGGCGUGGCGGACGCGGCGCCCCGGGCGCGCACGAGGCUCCGGUGCACGGACAUGCAGCGCAUGCAGCGCGCCCAGUACCGCACCCUGCGCCUGACCGUGGUCAUCGUGCUGGCCUUCUUCUUCUGCUGGACGCCGUACGUCGUGAUGGUGCUGUGGUACCAGCUGGACGCCGAGAGCGCCAAGCACGUCGACGACUACCUCCAGUCGUCGCUGUUCAUGUUCGCCGUGUCCAACUCGUGCGUGAACCCGCUCGUCUACGGCAGCUACACGGGGCGCCUGAGUGCGGGACGCUGCCUCUCGUCCCGCUGCUGCCAGGCCGACGUGGUUCCGGGCCGGGACGAUCAUCGGCGCUUCUCGUCCUCCUUGAGGCGGUUCUCCAAGCGCACGCUGCAUUCUUGGCUCCCGAGGACUGUGGCCGCCGCCGCCGCUGUUCACCCCAAGGCCGAGUACGGCGCCCUGCACAGGCAGUGCUGCUCGCUGUGCGUUGCCGACGCGCACGACAUGUGCGUGUUCAGUGUGGACGUUUUGUGCGUGCACGCUGAGCGAGCGCCUGAAGCCCGCUCGGCGCACAGCGCGCGUUCCCUAAGGUCUGGCCACAACUCGCCGCUCAGAAAGAACCAAAGCCUGUGAGAGAAAGACGUGACUUUGUUGACUUCGGGGAGCCAUGAGCGGCAAGGAACGUUCUUGUUUCCACCAGUUAGCUCCUGGGCUGAAGUCUAACAGCGUAAUGCCCCACAUCGUUGCUCACAAAGACGGAAUCAAUCGGGAAUAAAAACUGUGUGCUAUGUCA